AUGGAUUUUAAUAACCCUAAUGCGUAUGGCGGGCAGUUUGCCAAUUCCCCGCAACACACGCAAUUUGAUGCACAGGCGCGGCUUCAACAGCAGGCCAACCCACAUGGCCAGUAUGGUCAAGCCGCCUCGUUCCCGGGCAUGGGUGCGGCCAUGGGCAGUAAUGUAAUCCAGCCAGGACCGCCAUAUCUCCAGCGAGGCGCGCUACAGCAGCAACACCAGUUGUCGUCGCCGAGCCCCUACUCGACGGCGCCCUAUUCACAAACGAUGCCCUCGCCUGCCCACCAGCAGUUUGCCCAGAACCGCCAGACGGCCUCACCCGCGAGCGCGACGGGCCAGCAGCCCUUUGCGACUCCCACGCCACAGCCACAGCCACAGCCACAGCCCCAACACUCACCCGCCGCCAUGCAGUCAAAUGGCCACCACCACCAGCCCAUGAACCUCCAGCUUCCCGUGAAGCCCGACCCGCCCCAGCUGCAGACGCCCAUCAAGCAGGUGCCAAGGUCGCCCGUGUCGCCUGUUCACCACGCGCGUGCCCAGGACCGCGUCGCCACUCUGCUCGACAUUAACAGCAUCCUCAUCCGCGAGGUAUGUGACCUCCAGGCCCAGGGCAAAGCCGGGCCCAUAGCACCCACGCCCGAGCAAAAGUCCGAAGCCGACAAGGCCCAACCGUCCAAGGACUACAUGCGCCGCCUACAAGCCAAUCUCGCCUACCUCGCCCAAAACGCUGAAAAGGUGCCCAAGCCGGGCCAGCAGGUCCAACCGGGGCCCGCCAUCAUGUCGCUUCCUGCCUCGCCUCAGGAGCUGGUCAAGCUCUACACCAAACUGCAAGACCUCUUUCCCGGCUGGAAAGGUCAAACCGCCCAGAUGAAGCAAUCACCCGGCCCGCAACGCACCUCCUCCAACAUGUCACAACCACCCAGCGCAGGCCUACAGCCAAAUUGGGGACAGAACGCUAUGCAGCAAAGCAUGCAACAAGCACAACAACAGGCACAGCAGCAACAACAGCAACAACAACAAACCCAGCAACAGCAACAGCAAACCCAACAACCAAAGCAAGAGAGCCAAUAA